UCGUGAAUGAGUGCAUUGAAGCAGACUGAACUAACCUCCCAGCAAUGCCAUGGUGUCCUGUGAAUAGACAGAAGGAUCACCGUACAUGUGUUAGGCACUGGGUCAGAUAAACAUAUUUUAUUUUGUGCACUGGUCGUGCCCAACGUUAGAUGCUGGUAACGCGUUGGGAAAAACUCCACAGCAACGCCCACUGCCAGAGAGGACAAUUAAACCAGCAGCAGGAACAGAAAUUCAGCCUCCGCUUACACGUACAGCGGACUGACAGCAAAGUCCAAGACAGUCAAAGGGGACCACCGCACUUCGCUGUCCUGCCUGCUUGUCCACUUUAACUAACCGAGGCUUCUAGGGUGUUAAAAUCGGAAAAAGCUGAAGACGUUUAUAUGGGUCAUUUAUUUUAAUACAGCAGAACCGAGUAAACGCAUAUGAUUCGCUAGAAAAAGUUUAAGAAGAAACUUGAUCGAUGAUGACAUUCAUCCUGGAGGAGUUCAGGCAUCCAUUGGGAUAAAACAGAGAGACGAGGAGAGUGAUAAUCUGCUUUCGCGUGUACGGAUGCGUGAAUACUGUUUGCGGAUCAGAGUCGGGUAACCUGAACAGAUUGAGCAAGCCUGCGUAGAAAGUGGCUUUCUUCUGUCACCAUUAAAGCUCGCGCAUACAACCAGCCAUCACUGUCGGCCAUUUAGAACGAAACUGAAAGUUCCCUGAUCUUCGGAUAAGGACUGCCCCUGAGGCUGAUAGGAUAGAGGAGGUCUGUCCGGUGCCGGUAUCGAGUGCGCAGCAUUGGUUUCAUGGAGGACACUGGCACCAUGGCCUAAGCUUGUGCAGUUUAGGAGAUGAUCAUGGAGAAAACUGGAUUCUCACGUAAAGGGGGUGCUGCUGGGGGCACCCCCAACCUGCCAAUCGGGAAUGGUAAAUCAGAUGGUGCCGUCGUGAAGUCCAAGGAGAGCAAGACAGGAGCAGUUGCAAAGAUCACAUCAUUUGCUGGUUGGGACAACAAGAAGCCUUCAAGACAGAUAAAAACCUCCGAGGAUGAGUCUCCCCUGAAGAGGGGUGUCGUCGGCAGGUUUAGUUUAAAGAAUGUACGUUUAAUCAACAGAGAAAGCACACCACCAAGGAGAAAGGCCGAAACAAUUGCUGAAAUCCUCCCUGAAGAAGAGACACUGAGCUCAGGUACGCCGUCAGAAGUAAAACACCGAGAUAUGCUUUCUACAUUGAAGAGAGGUGGGCUUAAAAGGCUGAGUAUGAUCGGCGUUCUUGGCAAAAGUCCAUCAAAUAAAAAAAAUUCAGAGGAGGAAUAUGCGGUGGAGUUUAUGAGUAACUCAAUCUCAGAUGAGGCCGGCAGUCCUGAGGCAAAAAGUUCAGAUCAGUCGUCUCCUCUGAAGAAGGGAGGCUUUGGAAGGUUCAGUUUGAGAGAUGCCCUCAAGAAAAUCCCUGUGUUCAAUCAUAACCACUUAGACAAAGUGAUGGAAAGCACCCCAGAGCCAGACCUACCAGCCCACUCAUUCUCAGUUGAAACCUUUCAGGAAUACUUGGAGCAAAGGAGGCUGUCACAAGCCAGUCGGCUGCUGAUUAAUGAACAGCAGAGACUAUAUGAUAGCAACAGUGAGACAACACAGGAAGAGAAGGAUGAACUUGAUCAACACUAUAAACAGCUUGCUGAGAUCAUCUUUAAGGUUGCCAAGAAUGCUGUUACCCUUUCAAAAGAGGACCUUUUGGGCUUGAGGUCAGCUGUCAAUGCUAUUGGGCAGGAAGAGAAGCAGGAUGAACUCUACCUAGAGGAAAAAAAUAAAAAUCCAAAGAUUCAAGCAACAAGGCCUAAAGAGUGGAGGAAGAAACACGAUAACAUUUUGAAGGAAGCCAUCAAGGCCAGAAUGGAAAACUUGAGAGAUGUACCUGGUGAUGAGCAGCUGUCCUCCUGUUUCCAAAGGAAACUUUUCAGGAUGGGAAUGCGAAUUAAAGAGGACCUGAUUUCAGUUGUGGACAAUGUCAAGGACUGCUACCCAGCAAGCUAUGAUAUUUGCAAUUUCUAUGCCAAGCUGUACCACAAAGAAUUUUCCUUGUAUAUUCAGCAUCAGAUUACGACUGAUUUGGACUCGGAAGACUGCACAUACAUGCUCUGCUGGCUCUGUAAUUACUAUCCCAAUGAUGUGUUAAAAGACAAGAAACUGGAAAGGCACAUCAACCACCUCUCAUUGAAAAGUCUCAUCCCUGAUGAGAGACUGCACUACCUAGAAAAAGAGUUCAUUGCAGCCAGAAAGGAAUGCAUUAAAGGUUCUCUGCCUAGCACCCUGGACAUUUACUUGAAAAGAUGGAAUUCAGAGGAUUUUCCACAGCAAAGUAAUGGCUAUUAUAAGACUUCAAUGGCUGAUGAUGUGAUACAGUGCUUUAACACAACUGCACAGACAGGGAAGAAAAUUUCUGAAAACCUGUUCAGGAAGGUGAUGCCAAUUGUUCUGGAGGAGUUUGAACCGUUCUUGGAGAGGUACCAGAACUUUGUGAAAGAUUUCAUAAGUGGAAAGGAAAAGCGAGAAAACCGGACUUCAGUCAUUGUGGUAAACAUGUCCUGCUGUGAAGUCUUCAGGGAAUAUAUUGAAGACCAAAAGGAAUUCUUUAAAGCAGAGAGCAAAGAAAAAUGUUUGACCAUCCUGAGAAACAUGGAAACCAGUGGACUUCAGUAUCUCUUUCAUGUUUUCCAGACUGCUCUGAAGCCAUCAUAUAAAGGCCUGGUUACCCAGGAAUGGAUGGAUAACAGCAGUUCCAUCAUUGAGAAUCUGCUCAGCAUCGCAGACAAACAGAUGCAGGAAUUCAGAAAAAUGAAACCAGGCUGCUUCCAGAAGCUGGUGGGCAAAUUGCAUUCCAGCAUCAUCACAGAGUACAGCAGGAGGAUAAUGAAGAGGAAAAUUAAACUGAAGAGCAAAGAACAGCAGGUGUCUGUUGCUAACCAGAUAUGUGCAGAAUCGAAAAAAAUUGAACAACUUUUCUCAAAAUAUGAAUCUAAAGAGGACUGGUUACACCCCAUUCUUCCAAAAGUGGCUGAAAUCCUCCGGUUGCAGGAUGCAAGCAGCAUUCAACUUGAAAUCGCCACAAUGGUCAGAGACUACCCAGACAUCAGAGAAGAUCACAUUUCUGCUUUACUGGAUAUGAAAGUGAACCUGUCUCCCAAAGAUGUGAAGAAAAUCCUGAAAGUUUUGAAAGAAAGAGAACCAGAGAGUCAGGACAGUCCCAUUAAGUCGAAAGAUUUCUUCUCAGAGGUUCAGGUUGCCCAAAGUCGAAAAGGCAAAUGGCUCCCUAAAACAUUAAGCAAGUUUCCAAUUCAGACCAAACGGUAACUGUUUCCUUUCAUAAGGGAUCUGUCCACAUUGGACUUUAUUAUUCCUUUUUAAGACUGCAGUACUCUUGGGGUAGACCAUUGUAUUUCACCUGUGGACUUUUAGUGAAUAUGGGGAAAAAAUAGUAUCUUUGACACAGCCUGGAGAGCUAUUGGGUAAAACAACAAAAUCAAGAUGUAGAACUUGUCACUGUUUCCUCCAGUAAGGGUGUUGUGUGGACAAUGCAAGCUCACUAAGGGAAGUGGAGGGACCUGUGACUGAAAAAGAAAUCUAAAUUCAUUAUACUGCUUACGGUCAAUGACGUGGAUAGGACAUAUUUAGUCUGUACAUCUAUUUGCCGAACAGCAAGAGGGGUGCAGAAUGUAGCAACACCACUUCCCAGCACUUGACUUUGGAAGACAUGGUUUAUCUGUGGAAUUUGAAUGUUCUCCCUGUGUACGUCUGUGCUUCCUCCAAUAGUCUAAAGACUUGCUGUCGGAGUAAUUGAGCCAGUGUGAUUGAAGAUGCGCUGCAGUGGACCAGCAUCCCAUCCAGGGUUGUUGCCUCCACCAUUACAUCACAGCAACCCUGUACAGGAAAAUUAAGAAUCACAAGGAUGGAUUCCUCUACUACGAAAAUCACUAUUUAUAAAAUAUAGCUUGUUGUUUAAUCAUUCAUUCAUUUAGCCUGCUGCAUACUGCCUUAUGGCCAUCAUUGUAAAAUUAAAUAGACUUCCUUGAACAUCCAUAGUAAAGUGUUAAUUAUUCAUUAUUCCUGGCAAUAUAUUUUCUGUAAUAAAGGUUAACAAUGAAACUGUAGCGAGAUGUGUUAGAUGGCAGGCUGUACUUUUAUGCUACAAAGGCUUCCUGAGGCCAUUCUUCUCAAGGGACAGGUGCUGGGGCAGUAAGAGGCAUCCUGACUAUAGCAAACAGAGUGCAUAACUGUGCCAGAAUCAGCUGACCAUGUGCAUGCUGGCUCCAGUCAAAGAUGAGUUCCCAUCAGCAUGUUCUGCCAUGAUCUCUGCAUACUACUGCUUUCAUCGUGUGUGACAGGCUUCAAUUACAGCUGUUUGUGGUAUCGGGGUCAUAAUCCAUUUCACAAACCAAAUGUGAAACUUCUCACGCCACACUUACCGUGUUGCAGAGCUUUCCUUUGGAUUCCUGAUUCCCUGUGAUGUCUGUCAUUGCCAAUAAAGGUCAAAAUUGGCUGCCUUUAACAUUCAGGCCCUCAGGCAUGGAUUGUAUUUGUCAGCAUCCAAGAAAAAACCACGAGAGGUGCUGCACACUUGUGGAGCCUCAUGGAUGGCAUUGGUGGAUGGGGAGGCGGUUGUAACAUGUCUGCUUUUAACAUGAAACCGCAAUUGAAAUGUGAAAUGAAUAAAAUAUGCAAAAUGUAA